AUGAGUUAUAAUUUCAGUGCCCUUACGUGUGAGUCCUGUCGCACAUUCUUUCGUAGAAAUGCCAACAGAACUGAGAGAUUAUGUCACUCAAAAAGAGAGAUGGAAAUGAUAGCCAAAUACAGUCAGAUAACAGACAAUGGAAACACUAAUACUCAGGUCUCGACUGACAGUCCGGCGACGACUGCAAUGUGUUUACACCAAAAGGACGGCACCGAUAAAAGCGCAGACAAUCAGAUGCCGGCUUACAUACGGGGCCUUAUAUUUACAUUCAAUGACACGGAAAGGCAUCGAUUGAAGCAAUUGUUUUACUCGACCACUUGGCUAAGAGAUCCGGUCGUGAAUUUAGUGGUGGAGCCGUCGACAGAACCCGAAGUAUUACGAGUGCUUCAAAUGCGGACAGAAAUGCAUUGCAGGCGUAUUAUUAAGAUGUCUAAAACAAUCAAUGAAUUCAGAGAGCUGUGCGAAAGUGACAAAAUUACCUUGUUGAAAUCUGGUUCGCAAGAGAUUAUAACCUUAUUGAAUAUUUUGUCGUUUAAUUUCGAGGGCGAAUUCUGGACCGUUUAUACUGGCUCGGAAUAUGCAUCAAUUUUACAUCUAGACUUCAAAGGCAGACAUUCGUGUAUUUACUUCAACGGUGUAGAAUAA